AAAAAAAUAAGUCGGUAGAGUUACUGACAUUUUUUUAUAAUUAAAUGAGCAACUACUCAACAGCCCACCACACUCAUCCUGCCUCAUAUGUCAAACACUUUUGAAUGUGUAAAUCCCAAUCUCACAGCCACCGAAAUCUCUCCCAGCCUAUAAAUGGGCAUCAAAAUCGCACUUCAGUUUCAUUCCAUCCAAUUCCACCAAAUCAACUAAAAGAGUGAAAGAAAUGGGUUCCAAAGCAAUUGUUUUCCUUGGCCUCUUUCUGGCCAUUGUUCUUCUCAUCACCUCGGAGGUGACAGCCAAGGAUUUGGCUGAACAGACUAACGGCGUAAAAGACGCCAAGUAUGGUGGUUAUGAAGGCGGUCGUGGCGGAGGACACGAAGGCGGUCAUGGCGGAGGAUACGAAGGAGGUCAUGGCGGCCAUGGCGGAGGCUACGAAGGAGGCCAUGGAGGCGGACGAGGUGGUGGCGGUGUAGAAGACGCCAAAUAUGGUGCUGCUGGUUAUGAAGGCGGUCGUGGUGGCCAUGGCGGAGGCUCCGAAGGAGGCCGAGGCGGCGGCGGGCAUGAAGGAGGCCGAGGUGGACGCGGCGGUGGCGGUUAUUGAGGAGGGAAUUAACGGAAUAGGUGCUGUUUAGGAUAUCUGUACCUGCACCGGGUUAAAAUAUGUACUAUGAAAUAAUGGAGGAUAUCCGAUCAUGCUCUUUAGAUUGAUAGUGAUGUAGUAGUUCAUCUGUGAGUGCAUGUUAAUUUGUGUCUCUGUGUGACUGUGUGUUUGGUUUUCACGUACUACUAGUGAUAUGUUUUAAACCA